AUGCCAGGCAGGCCGCGUAGGAUUGUGAUAGGCAUCACUGGUGCAACGGGAACAGUUUUUGCCGUCCGAAUCCUGUCCAUCCUACGCGAGCUCGGUGUUGAGACACAUCUCGUCAUCAGCAAGUGGGCGCUGGCAACACUAAAAUAUGAGACUUCCUUGACGGAAUCAGACAUUCGGGGUCUCGCCACUGUGAACUACACGGCAAAAGAUUUAUCGGCACCUAUCGCAUCGGGCUCAUUCCAACAUGAUGGCAUGAUGAUUGUGCCGUGCAGCAUGAAGACGCUGGCCGCGGUGCGCUCCGGGUUUUGUGACGACCUGAUUUCUCGGGCUGCAGAUGUCAGUCUCAAAGAAGGCCGUCGCUUGAUGAUGGUUGUACGGGAGACUCCACUGAGCGAUAUCCACCUCGAUAACAUGUUGUUCCUACGACGCGCUGGCGCUGUGAUAUUCCCACCAGUUCCGGCCUUCUACCACCGGCCUGAGAGUCUGGAUGAUUUGAUUGACCAAAGCGCUGGAAGGAUGUUGGAUAUGAUGGGUAUUCAUACGGAUGGGUUUGAGAGGUGGGGGGGAUUUCGAAGGGACAACACAGGGCCUGUUAGGGUAGCGGCUCAAAUGUCUUAG